GAUCAGAAAUAAUGGGCAAGUUCUCGAAAAUCAAGAAAGUUCAAGAGGAGGAAUCUGCGCACCAGAAAAUGGAAUGGGAAGCUGCCGGAGCCAAGGACUCGAGCUCUGAUGAUUCUUCUGAUGAAUCGGACAAUGAUGAUCAGCCAAAACAAGCAACUGAGGAGACCCGUAAACGCGCGGAACUUUGGACAAACCGCGAACGUGUACUUGUGCUCUGUUCCCGCGGAGCCGACGUUCGCACCCGUUAUUUGAUGAAGGACAUCAAGGAUUUGUUGCCACAUGCAAAAGGAGAUUCGAAGCUGGAUCAGCAGAAAUCUCUGAAUGUUCUCAAUGAGAUUGCUGAAAUGAAGAAUUGCACAAAAGUAAUGUACUUUGAAAGUCGUAAGAGAAAGGACACUUAUCUCUGGAUGUCAAAUGUUGAGAAGGGGCCAUCCAUCAAAUUCUUGGUGCACAAUGUGCAUACAAUGAAGGAACUCAAAAUGUCAGGAAAUUGUCUGAGAGCUUCAAGACCAGUCCUUUCAUUUGACGAUGCUUUUGAUAAGAAACCACAAUUGAAGCUUAUCAAGGCCGUGCUUAUGCAGACUCUUGGAACACCACAUCAUCAUCCACGCAGUCAGCCAUUUGUGGAUCACGUCUUUAAUUUUUCUGUUGGAGAAGGUGAUAAAAUCUGGUUCCGCAAUUUUCAAAUUGUUGAUGAGAGUCUUCAACUUCAGGAAGUUGGACCACGCUUCGUUUUGGAAAUGGUUCGUUUGUUCGCUGGCUCAUUCGAAGGAGCCGUACUGUACGACAACCCAAACUACGUCUCUCCAAAUGUGAUCCGCCGUGAACACCGUAAAGGACAACAUUCGUAUAUCGAGAAACAGUUGGCUGUGAAAGCAUCAAAUAUCAAACAAGCUAAAGUCACAGAAAUUCUCGCUGAAAAGACUGUUGAUUUGGUUGGAAAGGAAUUCGAUACACAAAACAAUGCCGCUGCUGACUCAGAGGCUGCUGCUCAGAUCACUGCUCAAAUUGAGAAACGUCGUGUUCGCAAGAAGAAGAGCCAAGCAUCAAAGUACACUGGAUCCGAUUAAUUUUUGUUGAAUUUAUCACAUUUUUGUUGUUAUUGUUGAUUUUUUAUCUCAAGCUACUCUGUUGUUUCUUACUCUGAUCUUUUUAUGCCUUUUUUGAAUAAAAAAUUAUCAAAGCG